AUGGAUUGCAAUAAAGAAGAGGCCAUUAGGGCCAAGGGAAUUGCAGAGAAGAAGAUGCAGAGCAAGGAUUUUGUGGCGGCUCGUAAAAUUGCUAUAAAGGCACAACAACUCUAUCCUGAUCUGGAGAAUAUAUCUCAGAUGCUUAUGGUUUGUGAAGUGCAUUGCUCUGCUGAGCAGAAAUUGUUUGGGAAUGAGAUGGACUGGUAUGGUAUUCUUCAGAUUGAUCAAACAGCGAAUGAGCUAACAAUUAAGAAGCAGUACAGGAAGUUUGCUCUCCAACUUCAUCCUGAUAAAAACAAGUUUGCUGGUGCAGAAGCUGCUUUUAAGCUGAUUGGAGAAGCUCAAAGAGUGCUUCUCGACCGUGACAAACGAAGCAUGCAUGACCUGAAACGCAAGGCUUCUGUGAGAAAAACGACUGUGCCAUAUCGACCCCCACAGAAGGCGAGUUGGAAUUCAAAUGUUGGAGUUCAGAACAACUUCAGAGGCAACUUUUCAAACAUUAAUCCCCAGAACCAGCAGCAACAGCAGCCCUUUCCACCAGGGUAUUCAGAUUCCCGCUCAACUUUUUGGACUGUUUGCCCAUUUUGUUCAGUUAAGUAUCAGUAUUAUAGAGAAGUUCUUAAUAGAUCUCUUCGUUGUCAAAGCUGCAAUAAGCCCUUCGUUGCAUAUGACACAAAUGUGCCAGGUGCACCACCACCAACUAACUUAAGUCAGCAGGCAUUCCCCCAGCAAAAAGAUGGUACUAACAAAUCUGAAGUGAGAUUUCCAGGGAAUGCUGGAGCUGAUAAUUCCAAAGCUGAAUCUUUCCGAAAGACAGGUCAAAAGGCAGGUAGCUCUUCUGGUGUUCACUUAGUUAGGGUGACACGUAAAAGAAGGGGAGUAAUAGAAUCCAGUGAAAGCUCUGACUCUGAAAGCAGCAGUGAUUCUGAAGAGGAUAUGGUCAUUGAUGAUGCUGUUCUUCAGGCUGGACUGAAAUCAGGAAUUUAUGGAGAACAGCAACCACGGAGAUCUUCACGCCAUAAGCAGCAGGUUUCUUAUAAGGAAAAUCUAAGCGAUGAUGACGGCAUUCCUCCAUCAAAAAGGGAGAAGAGGAGUGGCUCGUCGUGUGCCACUGAAGAGGAGAAUGAAGACGCAUCUAAAGAGGAGGCCUCUAAAAUGAGUAAUCAAUCUGAUUGUGCUACUGGCACUAAAGGAGAUGAGGAAAGGGUGAAACAGAAAGAAAGUGCUUGUUUUGAAGAGUGCUUAACAAAAAAUGUCGGGGAAACCAAGAAGUUUGAGGCUAAAGAAAGGGUGAAGGUAUUUGAUUGUGAGAAAAAUUCUGAGGCUCAUGAGAAUUCUCCAUUAGAUAAAAGCUCCCAGGAGGAACAAGAAGCAGACCCCUUUUUCUCAUUUCCUGAUAGUGAGUUCAACGACUUUGAGAAGAUCCGGAAAGAAGAAUGCUUUGAAGUGGGGCAGGUGUGGGCUAUUUAUGAUACUCGAAAUGGGAUGCCAAGAUACUAUGCUAGAAUCAAGAAAGUUCACCUUCCUGGAUUCAAGGUGCAGAUAACGUGGCUAGAGCCAGACCCUGAAGAUGAUAAUGAAAUGAAAUGGGCUGAAGCAGGCUUGCCAUUUUCUUGUGGGAAAUUCAGACAAGGUCACUCUGAAACCAGGAAAGAUCAUCUCAUGUUCUCUCAUACGAUGUCUUGGGAGAAGAUUAAAAGUUAUUACCAGAUAUAUCCAAGAAAGGGGGAGACUUGGGCUAUUUUCAAGAACUGGAGUAUAAACUGGUACUCUGAUCUGGACUCUAAUCCUAAGCCUAAGUUUGAAUAUGAAUUUGUUAAAAUUUUGUCAGACUAUGCUGAGGGUGUUGGAAUAUGGGUUGCACUCUUGGAGAAGGUGAAAGACACUGUGAGUGUUUUCUGUCAAAGACUAAAUGAUGGGAAAUGUAUUUUAAAAGUUCUACCAGGUGAGUUAUUGAGGUUCUCCCACAGAGUUCCGUCCUUUAUGUUGACCGGUGAUGAAGGAGUAGGAGUGCCACAAGGAUCGUUUGAGCUUGAUCCCGCCUCUUUGCCUUUUGAUGAAGAAGUUCCUGUUUCUAAAGAUCUUAAAACAGAGGCUAGUACUCAUCCUAAUGGUUUUUCUAUAUCUCCAGAUACAGUCAAUGAAGAUAGUAAUGCUCCCAAAGUAUCAUCCUCAGAAGGUAUUGAAAUUCCAGAAGCUGAAUUCUACAACUUUGAUGCUGAUAAAUCCCUGGCCACGUUUCAGAUUGGUGAGGUCUGGGCAUUAUAUAGUGAUGAGGAUGGUUUGCCAAAAUACUAUGGUCUGGUCAAGAACAUUGAUUCUCGCCGAUUAAAAUUGCAUAUUGCAUGGCUUGAUUCCAACUCACUGCCAGAUAAUGUGAUUCGGUGGCAUGACGAAGAGAUGCCCAUUUGUUGCGGGAGAUUUAGGGUUAAAAGAAGUCCACUCCAGGACUACGAUUCUUUCAUGUCCUUUUCACAUCGGGUAAAAGCACUUCCUGUUAGUAAGAAUGAAUUUGAAAUAUUUCCUAGGAGAGGUGAGGUUUGGGCAUUGUAUAAGAACUGGGCUGCUGAUAUCUCAUGUUCUGACUUGGAAACCUGUGAGUAUGACAUAGUGGUAGUACAUGCGGAAAAUGAUUUGCAGAGAGAGGUCUUGGUUUUAGAGCGUGUGGAUGGUUACAAUUCAGUUUUCAAGACUCGAGUGAAAGGAAGAUCAGCUGAAAUGAUGACUAUCCCGGAGGUUGAGCUGCUGAGGUUUUCUCACAGCAUUCCUUCAUUCCAGCUAACAGAAGAGAAAGGUGGCAGCCUGAGAGGCUGCUGGGAACUUGAUCCUGCCGCAUUGCCCGCUCGUUUCUUCAGUUAG